GGCGGGCGGCGGCCGCGAUGCUGAGAACCUGCGCCGGGCGCCUCGGCGCGCUCCGGGCCCUGCGCGGUCCCCGGGGCUGCGCGCACCUCCCCGAGCCGGAGCCGCGGAGGUCAUUCUCUUCUGAGCAAGUUACUCAGGAGGACCGUUCUCUCCCCAACAAGUGCUGGAACCAAGACCUGAAACUCCUCUUCGAGCAGUUCAUGAAGAAAUGUGAAGACGGCUCCUGGGAGCGUCUGUCUUCAUAUAAUCAUCAGCAAGAUAAGAAAUACAGAACCUAUUUUCUUGAUGCGAAGCUUAUGAAGGAAGAGCAAACCUCGCUUGCCCAGCUCUUCACCAGAAGCUUUCCGGAGGGCCUGGGUUUUGAAUACGUGAUGUUCUAUAAAGAGGCUGAGAAGAGGACUGUCUGCUUGUUUCAAGGGGGCCCUUACCUGCAAGGCGCCCCUGGAUUCCUUCAUGGAGGUUCCAUUGCCUCCAUGAUUGAUGGGACUGUUGGUACAUCGGCACUAAUGACCGGAGGGAUUGUCAUGACCGCCAAUCUCAACAUCAAUUAUAAAAAACCUAUCCCCCUUUUGACUACUGUUGUGAUCAAUAGCCAAGUUGACAAAAUUGAAGGAAGGAAAAUAUUCGUUUCCUGCACUGUGCACAGUGCUGAUGAGAAGACCCUCUACACAGAGGCAACAAGUUUAUUUAUAAAGCUGGAUAUUGACAAAUUUUGAAAUAAAGGAUCUUCUGGAGAAUUCCACACCAGUCCACCUAAGACUUUUCCUCCUCUGGAAGAAGCUGCUGUUCCCGGCCCUGCUCUCCUCCGCUGUGGAGUCCCCCAUCAGGUGAAGCUAAAAACAGCUCCGGGAGCUCCAGAUGGAAGAAAGAACAAUCACACUGAGACUUUUACCGCAAACUUGAAUAUGCCAGAAAACCGAAGGAGAGAAUCGAUCUGUGGGCACACAUCUGUAUGUAUGUAUGCACAUGCUCAUGCUACAUAAAUGACAAAGUUAUGUUUGUUGUAUCAAAACUUUUUUUCGGGGGUGGAGUGAUAGCAC